AUGGCGAAAUCGAGUGCAGACGAUGCUGAACUCCGUCGAGCUUGCCAGGCUGCGAUUGAUGGCACUAAACAGAAGGUAGUUAUGUCGAUACGUGUUGCCAAGAGUCGCGGAAUUUGGGGAAAAUCCGGCAUGCUAGGGGGGCGUCAAGCAAUGGCCAAGCCCAGGGUUCUCGCUCUCUGCAUCAAAGUGAAAGGUCAGAGGACAAAAGCUUUUCUUCGAGUCUUAAAGUACUCCAAUGGAGGAGUUCUUGAGCCUGCAAAGUUAUACAAGUUGAAGCACCUGUCAAAAAUGGAACUUAUAUCAGCUGACCCCAGUGGAUGUACGUUUACCCUGGGAUUCGAUAACAUUAGAAACCAUACUGUGGCUCCUCCUCAAUGGACAAUGCGCAAUGUUGAUGACAGGAAUCGCAUCCUAAUGCAAAUCUUAAAUAUAUGCAAAGAUGUACUCGGUCGCCUUCCCAAAGUUAUUGGUAUAGAUGUCGUGGAGAUGGCUCUCUGGGCUAAGGAGAACACACCAGCAGUUGCUACUCAUGCAAGCCCAGAAGAUGGUGGUCCUGUUGAAUCUGCUGUGACUGAAACAGAACUGAAAGUCAAUGUAGAGAAUGAACUUGUUUCCCAGGCAGAAGAAGAGGACAUGGAGGCUCUUCUCGGAACUUAUGUCAUGGGUAUUGGUGAAGCAGAGGCGUUUUCUGAAAGGCUGAAGAGGGAGCUCCAGGCUCUGGAAGCAGCAAAUGUACAUGCCAUCUUGGAAAGUGAACCUCUGAUAGACGAGGUGUUGCAGGGGCUUGAAGCGGCAGCACAUUGUGCCGAAGACAUGGAUGAAUGGUUGUGCAUUUUCAAUGUGAAGCUAAGGCACAUGAGGGAGGAUAUUGAAUCAAUAGAAACACGCAAUAACAAGUUGGAAAUGCAGUCAGUAAACAACAAAGCUCUUAUUGAGGAAGUUGAUAAGCUUCUUGAGCGGUUGCAUGUCCCUUCUGAGCUUGCAGCUUGUCUGACAGGAGGUUCAUUUGAUGAGGCACGUGUGCUUCGGAGUGUCGAAGCAUGUGAAUGGUUGGCCGGUGCCCUGCAUAAUGUCCAAGUUAUAGAUCCUGCUUUUGCAAAUAUGAGAGCUGUUAAAGACAGGCAUGCAGAACUUGAAAAAUUAAAAGCUACUUUUGCCAGGAGAGCUUCUGAAUUCUUAACAAAUUAUUUUGCCAGUUUGGUGGAUUUCAUGAUUAAUGAUAAAAGUUACUUUUCCCAGAAAGGACAGUUGAAGAGGCCUGACCAUGCUGAAUUACGGUACAAAUGCAGGACGUAUGCACGCCUUUUGCAACAUUUAAAGAAUCUUGAUAAAAAUUGCUUGGGCACAUUGCGGAAAGCUUAUUGCAGUUCUCUCAACGUGCUUCUCAGAAGGGAGGCCCGUGAGUUUGCAAAUGAACUUCGCACUAGUACUAAAGCACCUAAAAAUCCAACUGUUUGGCUUGAAGGUUCCGCAGCUGGUCAGAAUGCAAACACUGCUGAUACUUCUUCAGUUUCUGAGGCCUAUGCAAAGACGCUCACUGUUUUUGUCCCACUUCUGGUGGAUGAGAGCUCUUUUUUUGCUCACUUCAUGUGUUUCGAAGUUCCCACAGUGGCUCCUCCAGGAGGCACUAUUGAUGGUGAUGAAAAUGAAUAUGAUGACGAUGAUGCUGAAGCAAACGAUGAUGAUUUGGGGAUUAUGAACAUUGACGAGAACGAUAGCAAAUCCGGUGUUAAUCCUGCGGAGCUGGCAUCUCUAAAUGAGUUCCUUCAGGAUUUGCUAGAUGGAAUCCAGCACUGGGAAUGAUACCCUGUGGUGUGCUGACAACCUAAGUUAAAGGAUGAGACUAUGAACGCUAGCUUCCCGAAUGAAGUAACCCUAGUGUCAAGGCGGCUUGAUGCAGCAGGAUUCGUUAGCCUUGUGCUGGGUGACCUAGAGUCCCGGAUAUCCAUGCAGUUCAUCCGCUUUGUAGAUGAAGCUUGCCAUCAGAUUGAAAGACAUGAGCGCAAUGUGCGCCAAAUGGGAGUCUUGGCUUACAUUCCCAGAUUUGCAACCCUCGCAACGCGGAUGGAGCAAUACAUCCAAGGACAGUCAAGGGAUUUGGUUGACCAAGCAUAUAUGAAAUUUGUCACCAUAAUGUUUGUGACUUUAGAAAAAAUUGCACAAACAGAUCCAAAGUACGAAGAUAUUUUUCUUCUGGAGAACUAUGCAGCAUUUCAAAAUAGCUUGUAUGACCUGGCUAAUGUCGUUCCCACUUUGGCAAAGUUUUACCAUCAGGCCAGUGAAUCCUAUGAACAAGCCUGCACACGCCAUAUCAGCAUGGUUAUUUACUAUCAAUUUGAACGUCUUUUCCAGUUUGCUAAAAGGAUUGAGGACUUGAUGUUCACUAUCCCACCUGAAGAGAUUCCUUACCAGCUCGGGUUGUCAAAAGCGGAUAUGAGGAAGAUGCUAAAAGCCAGUUUAUCUGGGGUUGAUAGGUCUUUUGGUGCGAUGUACAAGAAAUUACAGAAGAACUUGACUUCAGAGGAACUGUUACCUUCCUUGUGGGAAAAAUGCAAGAAGGAGUUUCUCGAUAAGUAUGAAAGUUUUGUCCAGCUCGUCUCCAAGACAUACCCUUCGGAGAAUAUACCAUCUGUGGCAGAGAUCAGAGACAUCUUAAUUAGCAUUUAAAAAGUUUCGCUUUGAUGCAUUAUGUUCCUUUGUUUUGCUUGAUAUAUAUGGUCAUUCUUUUUGAAUCGCCCUAUGUAAUUUGAUUCAUAUUCUAUUCUACUAAGUGCAUUUAUUGUGAAGUUUUAAUUUUAUGAAAACGUUUCCCUAA